CUCUACUGCUGCUGUAACACUACACUUUUCCUUCCUUCCUUCUCCGAUCUCGCGGCCUCAAAGCCUUAAAGGCGUCUCAAUUCUUAAGUGCUAAGCAAGCGGGGCUAACCCUAGUUCUAGCUGCUCCAUAGCAGCAAGGGGAAUCUCCCGCGCCGGCGAUGUCGUCGCCGACUGCCGCCCCGGCGCCGACUACGCCCUCGGCACCGCCGGCGAACGCGACCGCGCCUCCGCCGGCCACUCCGGCAUCGCCUCCCCCGGCGAUCCCCGUGCCCUCCCCUCCGGCGCCGGCUAAUCCACCGCCCGCCUCCGUCCCGCCGCCGGCAGCGCCCGCAGCCUCCCCUCCCGCACCGUCCGCUACCCCAUCUGCGCCGUCUCCCUCGCCCCCGGGCGCCCCUGCCACGCCCACCCCGCCCUCGGAUACUCCCUCUCCGCCCUCGUCUGGGGGGAGGUCCCCGCCUUCGUCCGGUGGCGGGGGGAAGUCGCCGCCCACACCGAGCCACAAUAACCCGUCACCCAAAUCGCCCUCUCAUUCGCCCUCGAGCGGUAACUCCGGGUUGUCGACGUCGGUGGUCAUCGGCGUAGCCGUCGGCGGGUUCGUGCUGCUGCUGCUCGCCACCUUCGUUUGCCUCUGCUGCCUCCGGAAGAAGCGGCGCCGCCAGCCUCCACCGCCGCACUACGGCUACCCGCCGCCGCCUCCUCCGCAGUACAAAGAGGAUCCUUACGGAGGAACAUACCAGAGUUGGCAACAAAAUGCUCCUCCUCCUCCGCCUGAUCAUGUGGUCAAGAUGCACCCAUCACCUCCUCCAGCAUAUGCCAAUCGUCCUCCACAGGCACCACCGCCGCCUCCACCACCUAUGAUAAACAGCAGUGGUGGGUCUGGUUCUAACUACUCAGGUGGUGAGAUCCUACCUCCACCAUCGCCUGGCACUGCCCUUGGCUUCUCAAAGAGCACAUUCACUUACGAAGAGCUGGUGAGGGCAACUGAUGGAUUCUCCGAUGCCAAUCUCCUUGGACAAGGUGGUUUUGGUUAUGUUCACAAGGGUGUGCUGCCUAAUGGUAAAGAGAUUGCUGUGAAGCAAUUGAAACUUGGAAGUGGCCAGGGAGAGCGCGAGUUCCAGGCGGAGGUUGAAAUUAUCAGCCGAGUUCAUCACAAACAUCUAGUGUCUUUGGUUGGUUACUGCAUUUCUGGGGGCAAGAGGUUGCUUGUCUAUGAGUUUGUGACCAAUAACACAUUGGAAUUCCACUUACACGGAAAAGGUCGACCUGUGAUGGAGUGGCCUACAAGACUAAGGAUUGCUCUAGGUGCUGCUAAGGGCUUGGCAUAUAUUCAUGAAGACUGCCAUCCCAAGAUCAUACAUCGUGAUAUAAAGUCAUCAAACAUUCUUCUUGAUUUUAAGUUUGAAGCUAAGGUUGCGGAUUUUGGACUUGCAAAGUUCACUUCUGAUAACAAUACCCAUGUUUCUACAAGAGUUAUGGGGACUUUUGGGUAUCUAGCACCAGAAUAUGCGUCUUCUGGCAAGCUCACUGAAAAGUCAGAUGUCUUUUCCUUUGGAGUAAUGCUUCUUGAGCUAAUAACUGGGCGCAGGCCUGUUGAUUCAGCCCAAACAUAUAUGGAUGACAGCUUGGUUGACUGGGCAAGACCUUUAUUGAUGCGAGCACUUGAGGAUGGUAACUAUGAUGAGUUAGUGGAUGCUCGUUUGGGAAAGGAUUUCAAUCCCAAUGAAAUUGCCAGAAUGAUAGCAUGUGCCGCUGCAUGUGUACGCCAUUCUGCACGCCGUCGCCCACGAAUGAGUCAGGUUGUUCGGGCCUUGGAAGGUGACGUGUCUUUGGAGGACCUUAAUGAAGGUGUUCGACCUGGCCACAGCCGCUUCUUUGGAUCGUACAGCAGUUCUGACUAUGAUUCUGGCCAGUACAAUGAGGACAUGAAGAAGUUUAAGAAGAUGGCGUUCACGACCAAUGACUACACGAGCAGCCAAUACAGUGCGCCAACCAGCGAGUAUGGUCAGAUACCAUCCGCAUCAAGCAGUGAGGGCCAACAAACACAGGAAAUCGAGACGGGGACAACGAAGAAAAGCGGCCAUGGUGGCUACAGUUCAGGAUACAGCGGACCUUCUUGAGGAAAAUCGUUUUAUUCUUUCUUUCUUUUUUACAUUUUCAUUGAUGCAAUUUGUAAAGUCUGGCUGAAUUUAUAUGAACAAAGUUACUGACUUGUGUGCGAGGAACCCAUGUUUGACCGAAGUAUAGCUUUUGGUAGCGGCAAUCGUUGAUUCCUUCAUAUGUUGAUCGAUGUGCUCAGCACCGUAUGUUAUGUUACCGAGAGAGCUGAUUGACUGUUGAUAUAUUGUUUAUACUGCUCAGGGUUGGAUUGCCCUACGAUUCUUUUACCA